AUGGAAUUUGGUGACGACGAUGAAGACGAUGAGCUGGACUCUGAAGAAAACCUGAAAGAACAAAUGAAGGCCCUGGCCAAAGCCGAUCCUAAAUUCCACGAUUUUUUGAGCAAAGAAAAUCCUGAUUUAUUGGAUUUUGGAGCGGACAACGGAUCUGGUGAGGAAGGCGAUAGUGAGAGCGAAGAUGGGGACAACAGUGCAAGCGACAAUGACAGCGAUCAGGGCCAAGCAGACGCAGACUUUGGAGACAGCGACGAUUCGGAAGCCGAAGCGCGCGCCCUCGCCGAGAUGAACGGCGACAGCGGCAGCGACGCCCAUAGUGACGCACAGUCUGACGAGAAUGACAACGACACCACACAGAAGAACAAAGAGGUGACACGAGAGCUAGUUAAAGAAUGGAACACACAGCUGAGUGACAAGGAUGAGGCGGUGGUGCUCAGGGCGUUGAAGCAGUUGGUGGCUGCGUUCGCAGCGGCGGUUCGGUCUGGAGAAGCGCUGAACGAGGAAGACGGCAGCAGCAACGCAAAGAACAAGAACAAGAAGCGCCGCAGGCGGAACAAGCACGAGACAGGGCCACAGUACACAUUCAUCAUUGACAGCUCAGUGCACACAGCAACCAUCUCAUUGGCGCUCAGGCGUGUCAUUACUACACUCAACAAGUACCUCGAUGUCACGGACACCACCACUGCACCCCCCACAGAGUUGCCCAAGGUAUGUAAGGCGCGCGAAUUGGACAGCAGAGGUCGACCCAAAUCAAUCCCUGGGUCCCGGCGCAGUAAGAAACGCCAACAACCACAGCGCGCCAAGAAGUGGACCAAGGUGAAAAACCUGGUUAAAAGUUUUAUAUCCAGUGUCAUCUACCUACUGACCGCAUCCCGAGCUUCGGAGAUGCAGGCUGUGGUACUGCGCACACUCAGUGGCGAUGGUACAGCGAGAUAUGUGGCUGCGUUCCCGAAGUUCGGAAAGAGUCUUCUGACGAAGUGCCUGGAAUUGUGGGCGGAGGGGGAGAACCAUGUACGAGUGCGGGCUUUCCUUGUGAUCCGUGAUUUGGCGCUCUCGUCCAGUAACGCAUUUCUGGAAAUGUGCAUAAAAGGCAUGUACGUCAGUCACGUGGCCCACGCCAAGUUUGUGAGUGAGCAAACAUACCCCACAGUGGUGUUCAUGGAGAACUGUGUGGUAGAGAUAUGUUCGUUGGAUUGUCAUAUGUCGUAUCGGAUAGCCUUCACAUACAUCCGCCAGCUGGGCAUGCACCUCCGCACAGCGAUAACGUCCAAGAAGAAGGAGUCGUAUGCGAGUAUCUACAACUGGCAGUACAUGCGCUGUCUCAAUGCAUGGGCCAGGGUCAUCAACGAAACAUACAACACCAACGACAAGGAGAACCCCCUCAGCAUGCUAGUAUACCCGUUGACUCAGAUUCUUGUGGGUACUAUUCGCCUGGUGCCCACUGCGCGAUACUAUCCCAUGCGCCUGCACUGCGUCAAGGCACUCAACACACUCAGCACAGCCACGCACGGACACGUCCCUGUGGCCAGUCAUCUCUUGGAGAUGCUCAGCUCCACCCACAUGAAGACCCGCGCCAAACACACCAAGGGCAAGGCCCCACAGCUGCAGUACGUGGUCAAGGUCCCCAAGUCUGUCCUGGGCACGAAAAUGUUCCAAGAGGUACGGCUGUGUAGUGUGGGAGAGGCAUCUGUAGUAUGA